CCCCUUCCACCAAUCAGAGGCCACCGCGCUCCUUUUCAAAAUCUCAACCGUCAUCAGCUGGGUUCGUUUCUCCUUCCGCUCGUCGGGCACCGGGCAAAGCUAAAAGAGUCCGGGGGCCCGGUGCCGCCUGUCGCGGACGGGCGGGCUCGGGGCGGUCUCUCAGCCACGGCGGCCGCCGGCAGGUAAGGUUCCCUACAUUCCAAGAUGCCGCGCUACGGGAAAAUUAUUGUCAUUAAAAGGAAUGGGACCGAUGGAAUUGUUUUUCCACUCACCUCGACUUCUUGUUUAUUCGGAAGGAAAACAGAGUGUGACAUCCGCAUGCGACUGCCCUGGGUCUCCAACGAGCACUGUAAAAUUGAAAUAAAUGAGAACAAGGAGGCAGUACUGACUAAUUUGAGCGCAGUAAACCCCACACAGCUGAAUGGGGUUUGCUUUGAGCAGCCUGUUCCUCUGAAGCACGGGGAUGUCUUAACUAUUAUCGAUCGUUCUUUCAGAUUUGAAUAUCCUCUCCAGUCAACUCCGAAGAAGAGGCGUUCCAGGUCUCCAAAAGAUGAAACUCUGCAGGUUCUUCAUGUUCAGCAGGUGGCAGAAGUGGAAUUAUUACACAAACAAACUUCAGGAUCUAAAAGUCUUGGUGCUUCAGAUAAUGCUGAAUGUGAAGAAAAAAUUGCCAAUGAAAAUAAACCAAUCACAGAGGAAAAUGUAUCCAAAGCUUUACCUGUCAAACCAAAAACACCCAAACGUUCACACAGAAUACACCAAGUUAUUAAAAAGCAAAAUGAGAUGUCUCCCUUUACUAAUCUCUAUGAAAAGCUGAAACGUGAGAUGCAAACGAAAAAAUCUCUGCAGAAGGGAAAUGACUCCCAACAAGCUGCAAGAGAAGGUGGGGAGAGUGUUGUGCCAGAGCCAAGUGCUCAGAUUUCAUCCCCAGGUUGUGAUCUGGGCAGCCUGAAUAAAGGAAAAGAAAGAGGCAGAAGUGGAAAUAUGGAAGAAUGUGUAAUUGUAAGAAGUGAAGUGAACCACUCAGGGUUUCAGCAGCUGGCAGCUGGAGGAAGUGCUCCCAGGAGGAGUUUUCCCAGAAGUCUUCAAAAUUCUCUUUCGCAGGAGGUAUCGAGAGAUACCAGUCAGAGUCACUUGCAGAAUCCUGAGGAACUGAGUACACCAGUCACAUCUAAAGGUGCCAAGGUUACUCCCAGCAAGGAGAGUGGUGAGAAUUCCCUGUUUUCACUGCAGCAGUGCUCCAUAGAACGCUUGGAUUCUUCAGUUAGGGAAAAAAUACACAUCUCUACGACUCACACACCAAAGGUUUCUGAAGCAGAUAAACAUGUGCUGUCCACACCAAGGCCCAGGAGGAAGAGCCCUCGGUCUCCUUUUGUGUCUCCUUCCAAGGAAAUCACUGGAAUGAAUCCUGUGAAUGCUAAUACUCCAACCACGCGCUGGCGUGUGUCACUGAAACCCAAGUGUCUGUCAGAAAUUCCAGCUGAAACUCCAAGGGAAGGUUCAGGCAUCACACAACUGCCUUUCCCAGAAAACAAAUCCAUGAAGCAAAGACGAAAUAGCAAGGGACGCCCAUCAGGAACACCUGCACAAGAAGUGCUGAAGGAAAUCAGUGAUCAGGCAAACUUUAACUCAGAGGUGGGACUUUCUGAAAGUCCUUCUUCUUUCUCCAAUUCCAAGAGUCCUAGAAGAAAUAGCAGGCAAAGUAAAGAAUUCUUAGACAAAAGUGUCCAUACAGAGACACUGGCUUCGGAAGAGUUAAUGGCAUCUCCUGCUGGUCAGACACCUGGCUCUGGGAGGAAAAGGGGAAGGCCAAGGAGCUCUGAGAGGAAAAGGGGAAGGCCAAGGAGCUCUGAGAGGAAAAGGGGAAGGCCAAGGAGCUCUGAGAGGAAAAGGGGAAGGCCAAGGAGCUCUGGAAUGCUGACUGAAACAGCACUGGAGACAAAUACUGUGCAAGAGCAUCCUGGUAAGACUAGAGACAGAAAAGAGAGUGGCACUCCAGCAGAGCUGGCCAUGGAGGGGCAUCACCAGAAACAAGACUUGGAAGAUGCUGGUGAUAUCAGACCACGUGGGCUGUCAGCAAAGAGAGGUUCUGGAAGUGCUCCUAUGCUGGAAGACAACAAGGCUGUCCCAGAAACAAAUACUUCUGGCCUGUUGGGUGGAGAAGACUCAGGCAAGACAAAAAGGUUGUCUCAGAAGAGGAAAAGUGAUGAUUUGCUCCUUCAGACUUCAGGGAAAAGAAAGAGAGUGUCUUUUGGUGGCCAUCUGAGUCCAGAACUUUUUGAUAAAAGUUUGCCUCCCAACUCUCCCCUUAAAAGAGGAGCUCUUCCUGCCAGGCUGAGCUUGCCCUAUGGAACCUCACCUCGUGCUGUGCUGAAAAAGGCUCAGGGAUUGAAGCUCUUCACAGACCAGGAAGAACAAAUGUCACAAAGAAGUUUGCCAGCCCAGAAGUCCCCAGCUGCCUCCUCCCCUUCCUCAGGGAAGGCAGCACCUCAAGUUCCUUCAGGCUCUCCAGCCCCUUACAGAAAAGGGCGUUUCUCCAUUUCCCAACUCCCAGUGCCGCUCCCAAUCCCAGAGGAGAAGGAUUCUGGUGCACAGGACCUGAAUGCAAGGGAGAAAAGUGGUGUGAGAGUGAAAACACCUCAGUCUUCCCCCAUUAACCAAGAUGACAAAACCUUUGCAUCAGCUACACCUGCCAAACUAACCAGAAGUGCCCAAGUGGGUUUGAAGGGCACUUCCACGAAGAGAAGGAGCGGGGCUGUGGGAGUUCUCCAUGCAAAGAGAAGUGGUGCCUCCAGUGCUAAUUUAUUAGUUGCAAAAUCUUGGGCAGAAGUGGUAAAAUUGGGUGUUGCAAGACCACAGACAAAGACUUCUAAGAAAAGUGUCCGAAGAGGAAGACCCCCAAAGAGGAUAAACCAGCCACCAAAGACUCCAGAGAGGAAAAUAAAAGGUCACUUCAGCACAGGUCAUGCUGAGUCACCUGCUACAAUAGUUGUAGGUAGAGCUUACUCCACCACACUCAGAUCAGCUGGACGCGUCCCUAAAGUGGUAAAAAAUCCCGUCCUGAAGCUCAACAUGAAUAUGGAUGAAAGCUUCACAGGAGUGCCUGAAAUGUUUCAAACUCCGGAAAAUAAGAGUGAAAAAACAUUACCUUUGGCUGCUGCUCAGAGUGCUGAUUUUACACCAACCUGUGCUGCAGGGGACAUUUCUGACUUGCACACCCCUGAAGAAUCUGGAGAGAUGAUGGUGUCACCCUUAAAUAAUUCAGAUGCUUCAGAACAGAAACAAGAGAGUCCAGGCAUUUGUCACUUGCUGAGAGAGAAGUCAUCUCUAAGCUCUGUGUUUGAUGAAAUAUCCACAAAAACUCCUGAAAAAAGAAAAUCUGUGCAAGAAGAUAAUAUUAAUGUGGAUAGUUUAUCAAUCAUUCCAGAAAGACAAGCAUCUCUGGUGAAAUCAGGAAGGAAAAGAAGCACUCCAAAGCAGAAGUUGGAGCCAGUUGAGGUCAUGUCAGACAUCAAGCAGCUUUUAAGGACCCCAGAGAAAGGGUCAGAGGCAGUAGAGUUCUUUUCUGGCAUCAAGCAGCUCUUGAAGACCCCAAAGCAGAACACAGAGCCUGCAGAGGCUUUGUCAGGCAUCAGGCAGCUCAUGAGGACCCCAAAAGAGAAAUUGGAGCCUGCAGAGGCUUUGUCAGGUAUCAGGCGGCUCAUGAGGACCCCGAAGCAGGAAUUGGAGCCUGCAGAGGCUUUGUCAGGCAUCAGGCAGCUCAUGAGGACCCCAAAAGAGAAAUUGGAGCCUGCAGAGGCUUUGUCAGGCAUCAAGCAGCUCAUGAAGACCCCAAAACAGAAAUUGGAGCCUGCAGAGGCUUUGUCAGGCAUCAAGCGGCUCAUGAGGACCCCAAAACAGAAAUUGGAGCCUGCAGAGGCUUUGUCAGGCAUCAAGCGGCUCAUGAGGACCCCAAAACAGAACACAGAGCCUGCAGAGGCUUUGUCAGGCAUCAGGCAGCUCAUGAGGACCCCAAAAGAGAAAUUGGAGCCUGCAGAGGCUUUGUCAGGUAUCAGGCGGCUCAUGAGGACCCCGAAGCAGGAAUUGGAGCCUGCAGAGGCUUUGUCAGGCAUCAGGCAGCUCAUGAGGACCCCAAAAGAGAAAUUGGAGCCUGCAGAGGCUUUGUCAGGCAUCAAGGAACUGCUGAGGACCCCGCGGCGGAAGCCAGAACCAGUGGAGGACCUGUCUGGCAUUAGGCAGCUCAUGAGGACCCCACAGCAAGAGCCAGAACCAGUUACAGAUGAAAUUGCCCUUAAAAGGUUGCUGAAGACUCCAGUACAGAAGAGGGGAGCAGUAAAAGGCAGGGCAGGUGUUACUUCAGUCCAGAAAACCCCAAAACAGAAAUACCCAGCAGUUGAAGACAUGAUUGGGAUCAGCCGCAUUUUCAAGACACCAAAGGAAAAGGUUCAACCCAUAGAAAACAUGUUUGGUAUCAGCAGAUUGGUGAAGUCUCCCAGACAGAAGAAUCAACCAGUUGAGGAUUUUGUGGGGCUGCAAAGGCUCAUGGCAGAGCCCAGGCAGAAACCUUCUGAUGGUGAAGUGGACUAUGCUGGAAUGACAGAAAUGUUUGAUACACCAGAGGAAAUGGAGGUCAGAUCAGUAAUGGAUUCUCAGCAAGAUUCUGCACCUCCUUGUUGUAAUUCCAGUCAGAAAUGUGAAAAUAAAGGAAAUACUUCCCAAGGUGAAGAUUCUCCACAAAAGGAAUCAAAUAGUGCAGGCCAGUCUCCCCAGAGACGAAGAAGGGGCAGGCCAAGGAAGACUGUCCAUCCUGCUGCGGCAAAGCAGAGUGAAAAGGAUGUGAAUUUAAAAGAAUUGCAAAGUCUGGAUACCUCCAGCACCCAAGAGGAGAUGGGAGCAAUCACACCUGAAAACAAAGGAAGAGGAAGGAGAACAAAGCGUUGCCUACAAGAAGUUGUUUCAAAGCACCCUGAUCAGGAACCACAUGGAGCUACUCAAAGACCAGGAAGAGGUAAAAGGAGAGAACUGAAGGAGUUGAAACAUCCAAGUGAGACUCUUGAGUCUUGUGUUGAAGGUUCUUCAGUGCUACCAGAAGAGCCUGCAAAUAUGAAACAGCCUUUACAGGAGUGUGGGGUCGAUGACAUGUUAGAAAGUGGAGAUGAUCCAGCCAAAAAGACAGGAUCUGGUAGCAUUCAGAAGGAAAAUUGUCAGCUGCAAACAGAUGUAAAUAAAUCUGAUAGCAAAUCUAAUGACAGUGGUAUAGAAGACAGUGAAGAAGUGCUUCUGUCACCCAGGAAGAGGACCAGAGGAGUAGAAAACACAGAACCACCAAUUCCACCUAAAAGAGGACGAAGGGCUCGAAAUGACCAAGUUAAACAAGAUCCUUCAGCAGAACUUCAUGGAACAACAAGGAGGCUUCGUAAAGACCCACCAGCAAAGGUCCUACAAAGAGAUGAACAGACUUUUGACAAGGAUCCUGAGGCUGUCACAGCAGAAGAACCUGAAAAGGGGACAGAACUUGAAGUACAGGUAACAGAGAAAAGAGUUAGGUCUUUAAGAAGUACUAGAAACAGAAAGCACUCAGCUGAAGGAAAAGCAGACACUUGUGGGGUCACACAGAACAUUCAGAAAACUGAGGAAACAUCAAAUCAAACUGAAGCACAACCACACAUCAAGAAUGAGAUGGAAGUAUCUCAGGGAUAUGAAACAGAAAAUGCUCAGGAAAUUACAACAGAGGCAUCUCAAAGAUUAAAGGCAGAGUCACCAUGUGGGGAGACAAACAAACUGCCAGUCACUGCUGUGAACUUGGAAGCAAACAGAAGGGCAGCACAGGAAACAAACGGGACGAGGAGCAGGAGAGGCAAAAAAGACUCUUGGGAGCAAAAAACUGAGGAAUUUACUGAAGAUGGGAGCAACCUAAAACUAAUUCCUUCUAAGUUUAGGUCAGACACAGAAGCAGAUGAAUCUCUAAAAGAUUCUUUGGGCUCUGUUUGUGUCAAGAACACAUCCCAAGUCACAAAGGACCAGAACAGCCCAGCUGCCAUGUCAGUACCUGCUGCAAACAGUGACAGUCUUGCUCCUGGCCAUCAAAAACAGGCAAGAAACCAACAGGGAAUACUUAAAGCAAAGCAAACUGAAAUCCUACAGGAGAAUCCAGCACAAAGAAACAGAGCAGUGUUUAGAAGAGGUAAAAAAGUUAAUUUUGAACUUGGAGAAGGCAGUUCCAAAGAGGUUGAAAUAAAAAGCAGUUUACCAGGGGAUGCUGAAGGAAUGACUGACAACAGUCAACAUGAGAAUUUGGAAAAUCCUUCACGAGUGAGGAGGGGCAGAAGAAAGCAAGUUUAUUCCAUUCCACAAACAGCCAGUCCUACCUUUAUGGAAAAACAAACAUUAACUGCAGAUCACAGUGAAGAUGAGGCUUUUGUGAAGGAGCAAGAUGCAGCUCUGGAAGGUGCUCCCUGUUCAGUAGAAGCCAAUCCACCGAGACGAGGGAGAAGGCAAGAGGUUGGUGCAGCAUCACAGACAUCGAGAUCUCCUUCUGUCAGAACGAGACGUGGGUUGCUGGAAGGAGGUGAUAAAAAGAUGACUGUGAGGGAAGAUGAAAAUCCAGCUUUGGGAAAUAAAACUUCUCAGGUAAAAGCAAAUGCAUCAGCAAGGGACAGAAGGAAGAAGAUUGAUCUUGCAGCAGAGGCAAAAAGUUCAGCUCCUCUCCAGAGAAAAUGUGGUUUGUCAGAGACUGAUGCUAAAGAUGGGGGAGCUAAUGAAGAACAAAGUGUGUCUUUGGAAACAGUGUCCUGUGCAGAAGAGAAACCAUUAGGAAGGGGCAGGAGGAAAGAAACUGCACUGGCAUCACACACAACAAAUCCUAUUCCUCUUAGAGGGAAACGUGGUUUGCCAGCAGAUAAUGGUAGGGAAGACACACCCAAAAUAGAGCAAAACAUUCCCUUAAAAACUGAUGAUUCAUCUGUAAAAGAAAAUCAACUGAGAAAAAGCAGGAGGAAAGAAAUUGCCCUCAAAGAAGCCACAAGCCCUAAUCAGGGGGAACAGGUCCCAUCAAAACUAAGUGGUAGGAAGAAUAACUAUAGGGAAGCAAAAAAAGUGAGUUUGGAGAAUUCUUCCCAAGAAAACAGGGAUCUUUCAAAAGAGAACUCGAGGCAAACAAGCGCUUCAGUGGCUGGUAGUUCCACCUCACUUCAAGGUUUGCCAGAAGAUAGUAAGGAUGGAGCUCCUGAGGAACAGGAGAGCAAACUUUUGGAAGGAGCUUCACCUGCAAAAGAAAAUCUAUCAAGAGUGAGCAGAAAGAAAACAACUUCUUCCACAUCUGAAGAAACAACUUCUACUUCUCUCAGGGAAAAGCCCAGCCUGCCCAAAGGCAGAGGGCAAAAGAGGAUUCUUAAAGAAGCUGAAGCUACACCUCCAGAAAAUAAUUCAUGCCAGGGAAGAACAAGGCAAGUGAGGAAUAACAGGAGGGCGGUACAAUUCACAUCAGAGGCAGCUACUUCUACUUCUCUCCAUGAAAACAGUGAGUCGCCUGAAAAUGGAAAUGCUCUGGAAACUGAGAAUUUGUGUGUGACAUCCACUGGUUGUGAGGGCAGGAAUCAGUCUGGAAAAGGAAAGGAGGGGAACCCUGUGCCACAGGUAAUGUCCACUUCUCGCAGAAGGAAGUGUCAGCUGCCAGCAGAUGAUUCAGCACCCAAAAAACUAAAAUCAGGGAAUGCUGAAAAUGGAUCGCUGGGAAAAGGAAAAAGGAACAAAACUAAGGAAGAACUUGGGAAAGAGAAUGUGAGGGCAGCUCAGACCUCUGGAGUCAUGGACAGGAAGACAAGAUCCAGCACAAGAACAAGGAAAUAGUUUUAAGAGUCCCAGAACCAGUUUUUAAAUCAAUUCAGUCAUUCAAAUUCCAGGUUUUUUUUUUUCAAUGUGAAUUGAUUUGCACUCAGAUUUUAAGCUCAGAUUUUGAUAAUUCAGUCAUUCCUUUAUAAAAUGUGUUUCUUACUGUGUUUUUUUAACAGCUUUUUCUAUGUGUGGUGGUUCCUGAACCAGGGGUGCUUGUGCAAAGCUGCAAACAUAAAAAUACAUCUUGUUAGACCAGUAUUUAUCCAAUUUUUCUAUUAAUUAGUACAGCAAUCAGGAAGCCAUAUUACUGCCAGGUGAAGCUAUUUUCUGCUUGAAUUUUCAUAUGCUUAAGUUUUAUUUUUCAUUAGAGCUCUGUAAAUAUUCUUUAAAAAAACUAUAGGUGUAUUAGAACUAUUAUACUGAAAUUUUGAUAAUUUUUUUCUUUAAAAAUUAAGGUUUUUUUACUGAAAAGUGGAGAUUUGCAAGUCAUUAAACUUGUAAACAAUUUGGGACUUGUGUGUUUGGUGUUCCUAUGAGUAGUUAAGAAUGUAUAAUUACUACUGUCUUCUCUCAGGUUUAUUUCAAAAAUUCCUUCUCUCUGGUGUGGUUUGGAGAUGG